AUGUUUGACACGCUGCGUAAGCGGAUUGCAGCGCCGACCGACUCACCGCAGCCAAAGUCUACUGGCAGCCCCAACAGUAAUAAUAGUAAUAGUAGUAGUAAUAGCAAUAAUAGCAAUAAUAGUACCGGCAGUGCGAGCGAGAAUGGCGCGAGUACGAGUUCGCUGGAGGCACAAUUGCAGCGGUACAAGAAGCAGCUCAACUCGGUCGUCCAAGCCUACAAGUCGCUGCAGCGCGAGAAGGACGCGCUCGAAGCGACUCUCAAAGUGCUGACAUCGACGUCCGACAGUGGCAGCGCGGCCAGCAGCAGCAGCAGCAGCGAACCGAGCUCCAGCCAGCCAAGCUCAAGCGCGAGUAGUGCUGCUGCUGCUGCUGCGACUGCUGCGACUGGACCCGCGCCGACCAGCAAGCAGCACGCAUCGUCACGUCAGGACGCACUCUCUGGAGCAGACUUGUCGGCGGGCGCCGCGGAUGACGGAUCUGCUGCUGGUCCGAUGAUGGGCGGUUCGACCAACACGCUCCCCGCCAAAGAAGACCAGGCUGAUGGCGAGGACGGUUCGAGGCAAAGCGACACUGCAGCAGCCCGGAACGAUCGCGCGGAUCAUGCCAUGGGAGCGGCCGAAGGGUCUGAGCAACCUCAACCUGAGCAAUCUGAGCAAUCUGAGCACUCUGAGCCAUCAACGGAAUCGUCUGAGCAAUCCGAGACAGACACGUCCAAGCUCAUUCACAAGCAUGAGGCUGCUCUGGGCGAGCUUCGGACGCAGCUUGCACAGGCAGAUGACAAGAUCAAGACGUUGUCGCGCGUAAUCAACACAAUCUCGCAGGAGAAGGCAAACAUUGAAGCAGGCUUCAAGGAAGACCGCAAGGAUUUGCUCGCGUCUCACAGAGCAGCACUGGUGGAUUUGCAGCGCGAGAGCGCAGAGCUGCUCGAAUCAACCAAGCGCUCGCACACCGCGGAGGUUCAGACACUUCGUAGCAGCUUGGCCGAAGCGCAAGCGCUUGUCGCCCAGCUUCAGCAGCAGCAGCAGGAGCAACAGCAAGCAAGGCAACAGCACUCCCAGGCGCCCUCGAUCGGUAUUGCCGAGAUUGCUCGCCUCGAGAAGGAGCGCGAUGCCCUGAACGCAAAGCUCACCGCAAGCCGCGAAGCCACCGAAGCCACCAACGCUCUACUUGUGCAAGAGCGCGCUCGGUCGGAUCUCCUGGCCCAACAGCUUGCCGAGGCCGGUGCACAGAACGCGUACUACAACACGGGCGAUCGCUCUCGGCUGGAGUCUCGAAUCGCCGAAAUGACCGAGAUUGUUGCCGAGCUCGAGUCCCAGCAUCGGUCGGACGUAGCGACUGCAGCGCAGCUACGCGAAACCAUCAGCCAGUUGGAGUCCCGCCCUUUCCCCGCUGCGGAGGGCUGGGGCGACUCGGGCGACUUGUCGACCCCGCCUGUCCGCGUGGUUUUGAGCGCAGUCCCGGUUCGCGCCAAGCGCGCACCUUCCGCUGCCAAGGCAGUGCUGCAGUCGCAAGCAUCGGAAGAAUCCACCGGCAGCUCGCCUUCUCCGUUGUCGGUGAUUGGCGACCCUCUCGGAGUUGCAGAACACCAGGCAGCUGAAACCCCCGAUUCCGCCUCACCAGCGAAAACUCCGUAUCCUGACAGCGAAGAGGCGCUCUCGACACCGGCUCCUGCACCAAAUAACAACAGCAUUGCUUCGCAAGCCAUUUCGGCCGAGUUUGAGCGCUACAAGACUCGGGCGCAGGCUGUGCUCAAGGGUGCCAAAUCCCGCGAGGCCGCGUUGGUCAAAGACGUGGCCAGCCUGAAGCAGGAGGUGCUGCAUGCUAAAACUGCUCUUGAGCGUGCGUCUGCAGAGCAGCUUGUCUACCGAGAGCAAGAGCGCGUGCGGUUUGAGCAACAGCUGCAAGCCAUGUCGGCUCGGCUCCAGCAACAACAAACAGAGGCACUGCUCCAGCGCGACGAAUUGCACGAGGCUCGCGAAGCAGAGACACACGCAGCGAUGGACCAGUUGCAAGCCACCGUUCGCGCGAAUCGGGAGCGCACCAUUCAAGUUCUCGCAGAAAAGGACGGAGAGGUGCUGCAACUGCGAGAUACCCUGCGCAACAUUUCUGAACGCUUCCCCGACAUUGUAUCGCAAGCAAUGGUGCGCUCGCAAGCGCAGUUUCUGGUUUCGUCCGGUGACGAGCCCAAUCAUGCAGCGCCGCAGUUUUCUACCAGCAACGUCAACGGGUCUGGACGCUCGACGACUUCCGGAGGCAUGCCGUCAUCGACUGGUCUCAAUGGCACAUUGUCGGGCGAUGCACCAGCUUCAAACGGUCGUCGCCACGCCAGCGACAACACGGUGCUCCGGGACUUGGUCGGACGACUUGCCGAUCCGAACGGUCGCUCGCAUCAGCAGCAACAAGCUAGCCAAGCCUCUGGUGUGGAGCUGCUUCUGCAACAGCAACAGCAACAGCAACAGCAACAGCAAACGCUCUUCCCGUUCGGCGAGGAGGAGGUGGCUCGUCAGGCGCAACUGGCAGCAGACGCUCUGCUUGCUCGGUCGAACUCGAACAACGCCAUCCACCACAUGGAUGCGCGAUCGGCUUCUUCCUCGCAUAGCGACAGCAGUGCCUCGGUUUGGCCAGACAGCGGAGCAGUUUCACCACCCAACAGCGCGCGGGUGGCGAGCGAAAUGAACCACUUGGUGCAUCUCGCCACCAUGCAGGCCAAACGUGACGAGGAGCUUGCUGCAGCUCGGCGCUCUCGCCGAGAGCUGGAAGAGCGAGCGGCGGAGGUCGAAGAGCGCGAGCGCAAGCACCUCGAGCAAAUCCAAGUCCUCAAGGACGAAAUUCGCCGUGCCGAGCGCAACGACAAGCGGUCGAACGUGAACCUCGAGUAUCUCAAGAAUGUUGUUGUCCGCUACAUGGCCAGCCCAACGGCCGCUGCCAAGCAGGAACUCGUUCCCGUCAUUUCCGCUGUUCUUGAGAUGAGCCCCAAGGAGCGUCAGGCUACCGCCAUUCAUUCGCCUUUUGCUGCUGCUGCUGCCACUCCGCCUCAGCCACCACCGCCGCCAUUGCCGCACUCGCUGCUCCAGUCAUUCGGCAAUGGCACUGGCGGCGUCAAUGCAGUCACCGUCGGCGUGCUGCUGCCAUUCACGCUCGGCGUGCUCGACUCGGAGCCGUUCGAAACCGCUUAUGAAGUUACUUUGGGCUUCUUGAUGGCGUUGUACGACCUCCAGCCGCUACUCUCAGACGCUGGGUUGACCGUCAACCCAAUCAUUCGCGAUGACCAGUCCACACAAAGCUCGUCCUUCAUCCAAGGCACUGCGCUCAUCGAGACAGAUGAUGCGAUCGCGGUCGUUGGUGAAGUCGACAGCGACUUGUCUCUCCUGCUUGCAGGCCUGGGUGCAAAAUUCAGACGACCCAUCAUCUCGCCAGUGUCCGGAAACCCGGCACUGACAUCUGCAACCCACUACCCAACGUUUGUACGAGGCGGAAUCAACGACAACGCCCACGUUGCCGCGCUCUGCAGCGCCAUCGAUGCAACAGGGUGGGACCAGGUCGGUAUCAUUGCGUCUGUCGAUGCGUUUGGGCUGGCAACGUACUCUGCCGUCUCGCAGUGCCUCCGCGACCUGUCCGCUGGAGAGCGACCAGACAUCCAGGUCAUGUCCUCCGAGUUUAUUCCUCACACCGUCACUGCCACGACCAAGCUUUCGAUUGACGAGACCAACGAUCGCAUUCAACGGUCUGGCGUGCGCGUGAUUAUCUUUUGCGGCAAGCCGAACGUGUACGACAACUACAUGAAUGUCUCGUCGCAAGCCGCGCAUGACUUUUUUGCAAGCACCACGUUCUUGGUGGCGCACGCAGUCUCCACGUCGUCCAUCGGAAGCACUGGCGGCGAGUACUUUCCGCUGCCUUCUCCGGCCACCGUGCGUGCUUUGCGAGAUUCAUUCGGGACCAUCCCAUACUCGGGAGUUCAUCUCGAUACCUUUGCGACAACACGCAUUGCUGUCAUGUCGCAGCUCGCCAACCCGUACACUCAAGUCAACUCGUGGUUUGCUGGCUCGAACAUUGCCAUCAAGCCCUUCCAAGGCUUGCGGUACGCCCCAACGUACUUGCUCUAC